UAUCUUUCUAUCAAAUUUCUUAUAAAAGGGAAGAAAACUUAACUCAUUAACUAUAGUUCAAAAAAAAGACAAUAUAAAAGUGACAAUGCAAAUGAAAGUCUUAUUUUGUGUACUUUACGGAAUUUUGUUCGUCAAAGGUACACCUUUUCAUCCGGAGUCAUCUAUUGAUUUAUUAAAAUUUAACGAGGUCCAAGAACAAUUCGAGUCCAACUCGAAUAAUGGAUCUUUGUUAGCUUUAAAUUCAAAUGAAACCUUAGAAGCUACAAGACCUGAAGAAAACAUUCAAGGAGGUAUUUUUGAAUCAACAAUAACUAUUGAAACAAUUCAUGGUCAUGUUCAAGGCCAUAAUCAUAGUCAUGAACAUACUGAAGAACACCAUGCUCCAAGUAGUAUGGGACCAGUAGAAUCGGGCCUCAGAAAUGUUGUUUCCGCAUCAGCUUUAGCUACAGAAGAACUUUUUAUGGAAAUGGCUGCUUUGAGUAGUGAAACUUCAAACACAAUCAACACAAAAGCCGAGAUUUUAAUGUCUCAUGCUAUGAACGAAAUUUUCAAAUCACUAUCCAAAGCAGAAACUGAAAUCAAGAAGAACCAAGAAUGUGGCAAGCAGUUUGUCAAUUCUUUUAAUACAAUCCUCUCACAAGUUGAUAGCAAUCUCAAAACUUGUGUCUACAAUUUAACUCUUAUUGGAGUUUUCUAUAAAAAUCAAACUACACAAAUUUUAGCCGAUAUCUCAAAUGUUGCUGAAGAAAUUGAUAGUUUGCCAGAUUCCUGUGAGAUUCAAGAAAAUUUUGCAGUAGGAACAUUCUGUACUGUAAAUAAUUUGGCUGAAAUAAACGCUCGAGUUGUGAUGAAUGUAAAAGGGAUGAAAAUGUUAACCGCUGUUGCAACGGAGAAAGUUUCCAAAGCUGCUUCCUCGACUGUUAUUUGUCAUAAACACUUGACCGAAGUAGUUCUUGAAAAGCUGAACAAUCUUGUUAGAGAGGUCGGUGUAAAGUGCAACCAACAGCAGACCAAGCCAUUUAAUAAUGAAAUCUAAUAAAAUAUUCGUGUUUAUCUCA